UCUCCCUCCCUCCUUGGUCCUUCCCUCUCGUUUGGGAGAGCACAUUAUCCAUACUUGUUGCAUACAUCACAGUAGCCGUUAUAUGUAAAUAUAGAAACAUUUAUUCUUUCAUGGCUAUCAUUACGGCGUCGUCACUACCAGGACUCAACCUCUUCUCCUCUCUCCCUUCAGCACCACCCCCAAAGGACCCCACAAUUACCACCUCUACCCCUCCCUCCCCACCCAUCCCUAUCCCCAAAUAUCCUCCUCCUCGCCAGAAAUCCUCCAAACCCCGAACCAACCCGGCCCUCAAGACCGUUCACCGCCGCACCAAAUACUUCAAACCCGUCAAGGACGGAGUCAUCUCCUCCGACGGGGACCGCUCCGUCGUCGUCGGCGAGUCCGGCGUGUCGUACCUCCUCCCCGGCGCGCCCUUCGAGUUCCAGUACAGCUACUCCGAGACGCCCAAGGUGAAGCCCCUGGCCAUCCGCGAGCCGGCCUUCUUGCCCUUCGAGCCGCCGACGAUGCCGAGACCGUGGACCGGAAAGGCGCCGUUGAAGAAGAAGAAGGAUAAGAAUAAGAUUCCGCUGUUCGACUCGUUUAAUCCGCCGCCUGAGGGGACAAAGGGAGUGAAGCACGUGGAAAUGCCGGGGCCAUUCUCGCUGGGGAGAUUUCCGAAGGAGGGGAGGACGAGGGAGGAGGUGCUCGGAGAGCCGCUCAGGAAGUGGGAGAUCAAAAUGCUGGUUCAGCCCCACCUGUCCAAUAACCGCCAGAUUAAUCUUGGAAGGGACGGGUUGACGCAUAAUAUGUUGGAGUUGAUACAUUCGCAUUGGAAGCGGCAGCGCGUUUGUAAAGUUCGUUGUAAAGGGGUUCCCACUGUAGAUAUGAAUAACAUUUGCCGUCGUCUUGAGGAAAAAACCGGGGGGAAAAUCAUUCAUCGAGUUGGUGGUGUAGUUUAUCUUUUCCGUGGAAGAAAUUACAAUUAUCGUACUCGUCCACAGUACCCAGUGAUGCUCUGGAAACCAGCUACUCCGGUCUACCCAAAACUUAUCCAAGAAGCUCCAGAAGGAUUGACAAAAGCUGAGGCCCAUAAAUUACGGAAGCAAGGAGAAAGACUUUUGCCAAUAUGUAAAUUAGCAGCAAAAAAUGGAGUAUACAUCUCCCUGGUGAAAGAUGUUAGGAAUGCUUUCGAAGGAAGUCCAUUAGUGAAAAUUGACUGCAAAGGGAUGCAUGCAACUGAUUACAAGAAGUUGGGUGGUAAGCUUAAGGAAUUGGUUCCUUGUGUCUUAUUAUCUUUUGACAAUGAGCAAGUAUUGAUGUGGAGGGGACAAGAUUGGAAAUCAAUGUACGAAGAUGCUCCUUGGAAGAUUGAUUUUACCACACAUCUUGAUUGA